AUGACAGAAGAACAGCAAGAUCAACCACAGGAGGACGUCAAGCCUAAGAUCAACCUGGUGGUGGAUUUCGAGGGACAAAUGAAGGUCAAAACUCUCACGCCUUUCAAGAAGCUCUUCGAAGCCGCGGAGAAACGAUUCGGGAAGGAACCAGGAACAUUUAAGUUCACAUUCAGCGGUCAACGAUUACGACCAGAGGAGACCCCAGCCGAGCACAACAUGGAGGAUGGAGAUACCAUUGACGCGCACUUGCAACAGCUUGGUGGUGCUUCUGCGCGGUAG